GAGAGCUGCUGGAGGAGUCCCAGGUGGAGGCAUCCAAGCUGCGGCAGAAGGCAGAAGACCUUGUGAAGGACAACAAAAUGCUGAUCGCAUCAUCUGCCUUGGAGGACCUGGUGGAAACGGGAGCCGUCGGCCCUGAUCUCGGCUCCACACGAACUGCCCCAGGCAGCGCCCAGCCAGACUCGGAACCACGGAAAUCUCCUCCAAGUGGAACCUCCUCGGAGUUUGAGAUCGUCCCUGUCGAAGUGCAGGGGUUUCCCCAGGAGAGCGGAAGAGUGGACUGGGAGCAGCCCCAGAAUGAGGAUGGCAACCUGCUGCCUCAGCUGCAGCAGCUGGAGAACACGCUGAGUGGCUGCGCCAAGGAGGCCAGCAAGGACCAGGUCUUUAUGCGCAUGGGCUACAUGGCCUCCGAGCUCAAGCGUCUGGCCUCCAAGGUGCACAAGAACGAGCAGAGAACAUCAUUCCUGCAGACGCUGUGUGAGACGCUGCACAGUGAGAACAAGGAGCUGCGAACCAAGCUGGAGCGGGACCUGGAGCAGAGAAAUCAGGCGCUGGAGAAGCUCAGGUGCGAGAACCAAGAGCUCCGGAGGAUGGUGACGCUGAGCAGCCAGGACAGUGGGAAGAGGGAAGCUGCUGAGCAGCAGCAGCAGAGCGGGGCCACGGUGGAGAAGGCGCCGGGCAGAGGAGAGCUGGAGGCCAAGGAGAAGAAGGUGAAGAUCCUGGAGCACCAGCGCAGGGAGCUGCUGGAGGUGAAUAAGCAAUGGGAUCAGCACUUCCGAGCCAUGAAGCAGAAGUAUGAGCAGAAGGUCACAGACCUGCACCAGGAGCUGGCUGAGGCCCGCAGGGCACUGACUGAGCUGGAGUUGGAGCGGGAGCAAAAGCAACGGGAUUUUGACCGCAAGCUGCUCCUGGCCAAGUCCCGGAUUGAAACAGAGGAGGCAGAGAAGGAGAGGCUGGCCAUGGAGGUGAGGGACCUGCAGCAGAGGAUGCGGUUCCUGCAGGAGCAGCUGGCUCCGGUCACGAGGCAGCGGGAAUACCAGGAAAAGGAGAUCCAGAGGCUCAACAAGGCAUUAGAGGAGGCCCUGAAUGUCCAGGCCUCUCCACCACCCAUCUUUGCCAGCACCAUGGAGCCAGUAGGGAAGCUGCCACAUCAGGAGCUGCUGACCCAGAACGAGCUACUUAAGCAGCAGGUGAAAAUUUUUGAGGAGGACUUCCAGCGGGAGCGGAGUGACAGGGAGAGGAUGAAUGAGGAGAAGGAAGAGCUGAAGCAGCAGCUGGAAAAGCUGCAGAAGCAGUUGGUCCUCUCCAGCAACCAGCUGCGAGCCUCCAAGGAUGACUGCCAGAGGGAGAAGGAGGAGAAGGAGAAGCUGAAGAAGGUGUUGAAACAACACAAACAGGCUUCUGGAGAGAGGCUGCACCCCGAGCCGCUGCCAGGGCCGCUGGGCCCUGCCUGCCCCAUGUACCAGUAUGAGUACAGUCCCCCCGUGGCUCAUCCCAUGUACCACGGUUUCAACGAGUGGCAGCAAGUCCGAUACCCACCAGCGAUGCCAGGCGAGCACACACCAGGACAAAACUUCCACCAUUAUCCCCCGCCCGAGUAUCACUGGCGCCCGCCCUGCGCCAUGGCUCACAGCCAGAACGCCCAGGCAGUGGCUGGAGUGAAACCGGUCCCCAAGGACUUGGAACAGGCAGGUCCCAGACUGCCCUAA